AUGGCUAGAUGUUGGAUAUACUGUAAUCUUCAGUUUGAAUAUGGGAAUUCUCCUUCGGAAUAUGAUGUCUCAAUUGACACUUCGGAAGAAGUAGCUCCCUUCUCUCACGACUUGUGGAAAGCAUAA